ACAAGGGUUUAAUGUCGUUUGCAAAUCCACAAGGGAACUUUAAUAAAACGAGCACUGAAACGGAAACAUGCUCGGAAAGAUCACGAUAUGUGAGUUACAUGGAAAAGAAAACCAGAUUAAAGUGAACUAACUCUUAAUAUUAACGGUCUUUAGUGUUAUCUAUACAGAGAGCCUAACAACCGUUCGCGCAUGCGCACAUCACUUUCGCACGCUUAAGGCCGUUAAUGCUUUCUGGUCAAAAUGUGACAUGAGGUCAAAGUAAUAAAACAGACAAAAUAGCAAAUGUUGCUGUAAUGUUUUUUUUUAGGCAGGACACCCAUGUGACCAUCAUACGGUUUUGUUUACAAGUCUGAUAUAUUAGUGGGUUUUUUUUAAAGAAAAAAAAAUAACUACAGCAUUGCAGAUUAGUUUGGCGAAUCCAUUACUGAGGGUCAACAUGCCUAGGAUAAAUUGGAUCAUCUAGUAGUCUAGUUCAUAUUGAAAGUAUUUAAAAAAAACAGGGUAUUGCGCAACCCUGGACUUUCCAUAUCACGUGGAGCGGUUUUUCAAUAGGAGAUGACGCAAUAGCCUUCUAUUCACUCCCGGGGCGCGUUCCAGAGCGCCGUUAGUUUGCUGAGUUGAUGAGUGUUAUACGGACGCAGGAGGUGUUUUGGCGUGAAAAGAUAACUUUCUAAAGAGUCUUUGAAAAGAUCCCCAGAACAAUGCAGUCUGUAUCACAAACCAUGGUGACAGAGGAAAACCUGACCUGUCUCCAUGUUCAGCUGUAUCACCCAGACCAGUCAGUGCAACCUCUCUACAGCCUUCUGCGUAUGAACCAACCGUACAAGAUCAAUGGUGAGGAUCCCAUUAGGAUUGGCCGUGAUGGACAAUCGUGCUCAUUUGUGCUGAAUGACACCCGUGUCUCCCGAAAACAGCUUUCCAUCCAGGCAUAUCGCAAGCCUGGUAGCGUAGAUCUACGCUUUACUGUGCAGAACAUGAGCCUGAAAGGCAAGAUCAUAGUAAACGGGCAUGAACUGGGUCACUUGGAGCGGGCUGAUCUGGAGGAAAAGGCAUUGCUGAGAUUUGGCAGAUAUGAAUUGCUGAUUUGGAAGGAGUCUGGUGAGGCCCAGGAAAGUUUUGAAGUUUUGUUUGAAAAGCUGAAUGUUUCCCCUGCAAGGGAAAUGGGGAUAGAUCUCCCAUGCAGGAUUGCGGUGAUGGAUACAGGUGUAAGAAUCCAUCAAACUAUAGAACCUCUGAGUCCAGAGCCACUGGAAAGUGAUGAGAAUCUGUACAUUUAACCAAGAUAACAUGUAUUGAUAAACAGGAGUUCACUAAGAGAUAUUUUGUGGUUAUUUUUAGUGAAAGGACAAGGACGAGGCUGCUGAUUCCUCACAUGACAUUUACUCAUUUUAUCAUAUGUGAAGACAGG